AUGGGUGCUUGCUUUUCCUCUAAAAAUCGCAAAAACGCAAGAGUAUUCCAUAAUUAGACCUCAACUGUAAUGGAAGCCAUUAUUUCUGACAACUCUAGCUUCGAAUAUACAAAUCUUGAUAAGCAAACUCGUUUAAAAUAUGUAAAAUUAAUACAGCUUAAUUGAACAUAUUUGCAUUUGGCUGUAUUUCUCAGCCAAAAAGAAGCAGUGGAAUCUUUGUUAAGGCAGGGUUUUGAUGUAAAUGCUCAAGAUUUCCAUGGGGAAACUCCUCUGCAUUUGGCAGCAGUUCAGCAGAAUGAAUUAAUUUAUUCUCUGCUUAUAGAUGCAGGAGCUGAUAACAGCAUUGAAAAUAAGGUGAUUUUUACUCAGAAAGGAGAAACAGCUACUUUUAUUGCGAACUUAAAUAGGAAGAGUUUUUCGACUGAUUUACCAAUAUAUUCAGAUAGCCCUACAAAAAAUGAAGAAGAUAGUCCUGCAAAGAAUGAAGAAGAUCAACUAUUUAAAUAUGAUACUGAAUCCUCUCCAGGUAAAUCUAAAAGGCUUAAUUAG